AUGACCGAUUGUUCACAAGAUUUUCAUUAUAUUGCAACAGAAUUUCAACGUAAAUUUCCACCACAAACAGCACGUGAUAUACGUGAGAAACGAUUAGCAGAAGUGAUUAAAGAACGAUUAAUUGAUUGUAAUCAAAAAUCACAAAAUAAUCAUUGGCAAAAUAUGAUUGAAUUAUUAGCAAAA